AUGACUGUUCUUAAGCUGGAGAGAAUCAACUUGCCAGAAGCUCAUGUCUUUAGGGGCGAAGAGUUUCCAGCAGCGUACGAUGUCAAGAACGACGAUGGACGCCACAGUUCGGCAGAGGUGAUUGCGUAUUUGAACGAGCUGGGAUCGACAGGAUUCUUCCGUGAAGAGUUGAAGAAACACGGAGCGAUUGUUCUACGCAACACAGGAACAACAGACCCUGAGAUUCUAUCGGAGUAUGUGAGGGCAAUUGGCGAAAGUAGCGGCGAAGAGCAGUUUGUCCAGACCGGAGUUACUGCCAAACGAACAAUCAUCACAGACGUACUUUCCACGGCGAACGAGGGCCCAAGUGAAAACACUAUCCAUCAACACAACGAGUUCUCGCGGUUUAACAAGUAUCCAACAACUCUCUUCUUUGUUUGUACCAGGUACGACGCCGAGGGUGGAACAACGCCAAUAGUCCAUGGUGGAGAGUUUUUCGAAAAGAUUGAUCAGAAAUACCCCAAGUUCCUUACUGAGCUAGCGGACAGGGGUCUUUACAUGCGUCAGACUUGGGCCAAUGUGUCGCCGAACCAUACUGCAUGGCACGAUUUCUUUUGCUUCGGUAGAGACCUCCGUCCGGAAGAAGAUCUAAAGACACGGCAAGAGAAAGCAGCAAAGCUGGUUCGCGAGUUUGUGAGCGAGGAUUUCGAAUGGGACGACAACAACAACUUGAUUGUCGGACAACACUCCAGACCAAUCCGCAAGUACAAAGUGUCUGAUUCUGAGUCGUAUCCUGCUUUUUUCAAUAGCAUAGCCACCUAUUAUGCUGAUGUGAAAUACAGUCCUCCUGAUUCGAAAAAGACAUCUGCCUUGAGCUAUGAUGACCUUCAGCCUAUUCCUACUGAAUAUCUUGAUGAGGUGCUUCAACAGUCCAUCGAUCUUGCUUACCAUCAUCAGUGGAAAGAAGGAGAUAUUGCUAUUGUCGAUAAUUACCAGGUCAGUCACGGUAGAGAUCCUUGGAAAGGAGAUCGCAAGCUACUUGUGAGCAUGUGGGAUCAGAAAAACAAGCCUGAGUACGAGCCAUGGGUCAGAUAG